AGCAGAAGACUCCGCUUGAAGCUUCCCGGAAAGUGGAGAACCAUGUCAACAAAGGCCAGCGAAGAGGAAACGUCCUCCCAUCUGGACGAAAGCGAUAUUGGGGACGAGUUCAACGAUGAUGAUGUCGAGAAACUGGGAUACUUCCCCGGAAAGACCGUGACGCUGCAGAUGCUGCUCGGAGCGCACGUCCUCCAGCCGGGCAAGGGAGCGAUGACGAUCGAGUACCUGGGUCAAAAGUUCGUCGGAGAUCUGCUGGCGGACGGGAAGAUCAAAUCGCAGGAAACGGAAACCAUUUUCUGUUCGCCGAGCGCCUGGGCCAUCUACUGUAAGCGAAUCAUCAACCCGGACAAAAAGUCCGGCUGCGGCUGGGCGUCGGUGAAGUACAAGGGCCGAAAGCUGGACGCUUACAAAGCGGCCUACUAUCGCAAGCAGCAGAAGGAGCGUGAUCAGCAGAAGGAUGAUCUGCCGCCGGGCGAAGAACUGGCCGAAGAGACGGAAGAGGAUAAGACGGCGAUGGAGCCACCGCCGGUUCGGCGGAACAUUGUCGCUCACAACACGAUCAGCAAUCGCAACGUGAUGCACGACUCAAACACCUUGAUCGAGGCCGUGCCGUUCACGUCGCUCGGAAAGAUGCAACCGUUCCUGGUGACGGUCAGCACGUCCACGCUGCUCGUGAUGGACUUCCACUGCCAUCUGACCAACCACGAGGUGUGCGGGUACCUGGGCGGCACGUGGGACAUCAAUGCGCACAAUCUGUCCAUCACACACGCGUUCCCGUGCCGUAACACGCGACACGACCGUGAUAAGGCGGCCCUCUGCGAGCUACAGAUCCAGAAGCUGAUGAUCAAGAAGAACAUCAAUCUGGUCGGCUGGUACCAUUCCCAUCCACGGUUUCCGGUGCAGCCGACACUGCGCGAUUGCGACGCCCAGCUGGACUAUCAGAUCCGGAUGCGUGGCCCAACCGAAGCUUCGUACAUUCCCUGCAUCGGCUUCAUCUGCUCACCUUACGAUGAGCAGAACACGGCACUGGAGUCGAACGUAAUGUCGUUCUGGGUGACGCCACCGCCGGAAAAUCGUCCGGCCGAGUACGGUCGGCCCAUGCUGAUGACGUACACGCUCGUGCAGGACGAAUCACUGUCCGAGGACGUAAAGGAAGAGAUGAUGCUGACCGUCGAUUACUACAAGCAGUUCAAGCGGGAGCUAAUCAACUUCCAGUCGAUUUACGGGGCACGCGACGUACCGUACAUUGAGAAGCUGCGCCGCUCGCUGGCACCACGCUUUCCGCGCGAUUCCACCUCGGGACACUUUUGGAACUGGGUUCGCGAACUGCUGGGACUCGACCCGGAGGAGAUUCCGGAGGUGGCCGUGGUGACCGCUCCGGAACCACCGAUUGCACCGCUUCCCACGGCACCAACCACCGGAGCAGAACGGACGAAGUUGGGAGAAGAGCCCAGCUCGCUGCCACCGAUUGUCAAUUUGGUAAACAGCGCCGAGGAGGGUAGCAGCAUCACGAUGGAGACGAAGAAUGAGGACGAUUUCGAUUCCGAGAUGGGCGAUUCGGAUGUCAUUUCGCUGAAGGAUGAAGACGGCAAGGGACCGGCGGUCGGUGGGCCGGCGAUAGCAGUUCCUAGCCUUCAGGCCCAGCUGAAGCGUCCGUCCGGCUUGAACAUGACACCAUCUCCCCUGUCCAGCUCGCUCGUUGUGCUUCCAACAAACCUCAGUCAAACGGCGCCAGGUCAACCGCAGGGCGCGACCACUGCCGCCACGGCCCCUACCGCCACUAACCUCAGUAUGAACAUUAACAAUACGGCACCGAGCUCUGUGCCACCCAGUUCUGUGGCCACCAACAAUCAUCAGGUUCCGGCGGGUCACCACGGAUCACACGGUACCAUCACGGUGGCCGGAAGCUCCCUAAUGAACGCCACCAACACAUCGUCACCGCGCGACAGCCCCAUCACGAUCCCUUCGAACUCGGCCAGUCCGGCGAAGUUUGAGGUACCGGUCCGGGCGAGCCCGUCGCCUGCCAAGUCGGACACUUCGUCGUGCCGCAGCCGCACACGCAACUCGCCCGCCCCAAGCCCGGGCAAGUUAUCGAUUGGCGACAUUCUCGGUGGUGGCAGUAGCUCCGUCGGCGGUGGCGCUGGAGCCGGCAAUCGAAAUAGCCCUACGCUCAGCUCACUGAUUGGAGGAGGAGGCUCUGGCGCUGGUGCUGCUGGUGCGGCCAGUACCUCGAACAUCCACGACCUGUACGCGGCCACCUUUGCAUCGCUGGGCACGGCGCUGCCGGCGAACUUACUCUCGCAGGAGUAUGCCGCCCUGUUCGGUCAGGGACAGGGCGCAGGUCCAGGGUCCGGCGGUUCCGGUGGCAACAGUAAGCAGCGCGAUGAGUACGGCCUGUCGGCACUGACCGCAUUGGCACAGGUGGCGGCUGCUUCCGGCCUGUCCAACUCGCAGAUCAACGAAACGCUUCUUCACAGUCUCAACCGCAGCAUGUCUUCGAAGGCGUCCUCCGGUGGCAGUGCUGGGACCGGGGGCUCUACUUCCUCGCCCUCGACCAUCACAUCGAACAGUGGAGCGAGCUGUGGAGGAACCGGCAGUGGCGCCGGUCUGCCGCCGAUUCCGAACAUGAAAGAGUUCAUGCAGCAGCUGGAAAAGGGAAAUCUCAGUCUGCUGAUGCAAUCGCAGUACGGGGCCAAUCCUCUGCUGGGAAUGGGUACCGGUCCCGGCGGGGUCGUCGGCGGUGGAACAGGCACACCGCCACCGCCCACGGGCGGAGGAAAGUCCGGCUCCGGCCGCUCGAGCAAAUCACGCUCGAAAGCAAACCAAGCGGCAGCGGCCGCCGCAGCCGCCGUGGCGGCUCAACAGCAACUGCAGCAAGCCCAGCAGGCGCUGCUUCAGCACCAGUCGAUGAUGGACUACGCUGAUUUUACCAGCAAAUUCGAUCAAAGCAAACUUGCCGACCUGAUGAAGUCGCCCGAAUACUCGCAGAUGUUGCUCCAGCAAGCGCAGGCCCUCGGCAGUUUGGGUAGCGAAAUUUCCAUCGUCAAGAAACCGUCCGGCAAGGGUACGGCCGGUGCGAGUGCCUCCAGCGGUGCCAACAACAAUCGUGACUCGGGGCACGGAGCCAUCGGGCAGGGGAACAACUCAACCGGCUCGAGCUACGGCGGACCGCACUCGUCCGCCAUCGGUACACAGUCUUCGUCGAUGGGUUCAAGCGCGAGUUCGAAGAAGGAAUCGGCCCAAGAUUUGAUCACCAAACUGCGUACCGUGUUCUCGACCGAUUCCUACCUACCGCCGGUUCCGACGGCGGCCGACAUCAACCUGCUGGUGGAGCAGUCGCAAAAGUAUCCCGUCAUUCAGCAGAUCCUCAACUCGGGCAAUCUGGACGACAUCCAGGUGCUGCUGAAGGCACAGUCCCUGUCGAACAAUGCGCUCGAUUUUGCCGCGUUUCUCGGUGGUGGCCCCAGCGGAGGCACGAACGGGAGCUCGAUGGCCGGUCACAAUGAUAGCGGAUCCGUCAGCAAGGGCGGCAAGGGAGCCAACAGUGCACUGAAGGAUGAUGCCAACAGCAGCAACAACAACAACAGUAUGGCGGCCGCUGCGGCGGCUGCAGCUGCCAUGAACCCUUAUCUGGGGGUCUCGAAUCUUUCGGCACUGUUCGAACCGAUCCAGCGUAUGGGUGGUUCCCCGAGCGGUGGUGGCAAGGGCAGCAAAGCGGAUAAAGCAUCGAAGGCGGCAGCAGCCGCUGCAGCAGCGGCCGCCGCAGCAGUAAGCAGCGCGUCCAUCACGAAUCCUACCGAUAUGCUGAACAGUUUGUUCACGUCGGCGGUGGGCGGCGGUGGCGCCGGAGGUCCCGGUGCAGCCGACAUGAACGCUCUGCUGUACAGCCAGGCGGCAGCUGCGGCCGCAGCCGCCGGAAAGGGUGCGCCGGAUUUGAAUCUUCUCUUCGGUGGAGGAGCUUCCCUUGGUGGCGGCUCACUCACGUCCAAUUCCGGAUCGUCUGCGUCGCCUGGUGGUCCGGGUAUGAACUCUGGUGCCGGUUCCGGUGGUACCGGAAGUGGUGGGGCCAGUGGAAAGGCGGCCGCUGCCGCUGCAGCUCAGGCCAGUCUCGACUACCUGUCGAUGUUCCCGAACUUCUCGGCCGCGGCAGCCGCGGCCAAGCUGCCCGACAUGUCGUCCCUGUUCAGCCAGGAGAAGUACGAAAUUCCGGACCCCCUGUCGAAGGCGACGCUCGAGGCGAACAACAUGUAUCUGGCCCCGUCGGCCUCACUGCUCAAGCUGCACCAGGAAGCGUUCAACUCGAUGCUGAUGAAACCACCGAAGUCGUCCUCCAGCUCGACGUCGUCGUCCGGGAAAAUCGAAACGCCGCCACCGAGCUCCUCGAUCAUCCCCUCGCCCGGGUCCCGCUCGACGCCCACCAAGUCGGCCAAUCGCGAAAGCCCUUCCCUUGGUUCGGCAGGCGGCGGCGGCGGAAACUCCAAGUACAACUUUUCGGCCGUCGAUCUGGCCGUCUCGAGCGUGGUGCCACUGGCCGCCAGCUCCCCGCUCGGUGGUGCAGGCAGUGGCGCGGCGGAUCUGUCGCGGAAAGCACCCCAAACGCCACCCGUCGACAUGUCGCGCUCGUCACCGGCCAUCCCCGCCACAGCCACCUCGCCCGGGGCCGGUUCGUCGUCCUCGUCGUCAGGCAUUUUGCCGCCGUACAAGAAGCGCAUGGAGUUUGCAUCGAUCGCCGACCUGGUGGCCGCUCCACCGUCGAAGAUACCGAAGAUGUCGACGGAAAAUCUUGACCCCUGAAGUG